GGAUACUUGCCACGCGUGCCAGCUGCACUCGCCUCACACAUGGCAUGUGGUGAGGUGCCAGCACACAUCACAAUGUUGAUGGAAGUGGGCUCGCAUGCCGACUGCUGCUGCUGCAACUUCCCCGAUUCAGCUGCCGCUGUUGUGUUCAUGCAGUGUUCCCACAUGUUAGCAAGGCAAGGGGGCGACUACCUGAGGAUCGUUGGAGGAUGAUGGGCGGUGCACACAUGAUGGAAUGGGAGGAGCAGCUGUGGACACACACAUCCAUGGUCAUGGUGGGCACAUCCUAUCACAGCGACGCAGUCAGUCGCAGAUGUCUCCUCAGUCACCAUCAUCGCCGCCAUUGCCAUCGACUGCACAGCCGCCAUCACACUCCGGCCAACACCAGCUCCAAUCUGGCGUGAGGCACACAUUGCACAUGUCAGUCGCUCUGAUGAAGAGCCGAGCGAGCGAGCAAAGGACACGGCGUGGCAAGGGGCCAUUUGUUUUCACCGUUUCCACCGUUUCCACCACCAACAACAGCAGCAACUGCUGAUGUCUGCCUGCAUUGUGGAUGAACUGGCCCUCUGCCUCUCGUCCAUCUCCUCCUCGUCCUCGUCGUUUUUGGUCACCAACAGCAGCGGCUGCGGCCAUGGAUGUGGAGGAUGUGAUGUGCGUCGAUGUGCUGUUGCCUCGCAUGACGACGACGCUGGUGGUGGUGAGAGUUU